AGGAUGAUAUACCUUGGAUGUUUCCUUUUUCUCUUUGGGAUUACGCAUGUCAUGGCAAGUUAUCCAAUCUGGUGGUCCCUGGCGGUGGGCCACCAGUACUCGUCGCUGGGCACUCAGCCCAUCCUGUGCGGCAGUAUCCCCGGCCUGGUGCCCAAGCAACUGCGCUUCUGCCGCAACUACGUGGAGAUCAUGCCCAGCGUGGCCGAGGGCGUGAAGAUGGGCAUCCAGGAGUGCCAGCAUCAGUUCCGCGGCCGGCGCUGGAACUGCACCACCAUCAACGACAACCUGGCCAUCUUUGGACCGGUGCUGGACAAAGCAACCAGAGAGUCUGCCUUUGUGCAUGCCAUCGCCUCUGCUGGUGUGGCCUUCGCCGUGACGCGCGCCUGCGCCGAGGGGUCGGCCACCAUCUGCGGCUGUGACACGCGGCACAAGGGCCCGCCCGGGGAGGGCUGGAAGUGGGGAGGCUGCAGCGAGGACGUGGAGUUUGGCAGUAUGGUGUCCCGAGAGUUCGCCGACGCCCGGGAGAACCGGCCAGACGCACGCUCGGCCAUGAACCGGCAAAACAACGAAGCUGGACGGGUGUCCAUCACUGACCACAUGUACCUGAAGUGCAAGUGUCACGGCCUGUCGGGGAGCUGUGAGGUGAAGACGUGCUGGUGGUCCCAGCCUGACUUCCGGGUGAUCGGCGACUACAUGAAGGACAAGUAUGACAGCGCCUCGGAGAUGGUGGUGGAGAAGCACCGGGAGUCGCGCGGUUGGGUGGAGACCCUGCGGCCCAAGUACACCUUUUUCAAGCCGCCCACCGACCGUGACCUGGUCUACUAUGAGAACUCGCCUAACUUCUGCGAGCCCAACCCAGAGACAGGCUCCUUCGGCACCAGGGACCGCGUCUGCAACCUGACCUCACACGGCAUCGACGGCUGCGACCUGCUCUGCUGUGGCCGGGGCCACAACACCCGGACAGAGAAGCGCAAGGAGAAGUGCCACUGUGUGUUCCACUGGUGCUGCUACGUCAGCUGCCAGGAGUGUGUGCGCGUGUAUGACGUCCACACCUGUAAAUAAUGAGCCGUAAAAAGGCAUAGCCUGGCAAGGCACAGCGCGGCCCUCCCUACUACUGACCAAAACCAAACUUCAUUGUCCACCAAAACAGCGAGGGCGUCAAACACCCAGGGGACAUUAGGAUGAGAUUUGUGUGGAUAAAAAGAAAGACAGACAAACACUGGUCAAGUUAAGCUUACUACUCCAUGGAGUCACCCACCAAGGACCAGGCACUCACCUCCAUGGUCCUGUUGGUCAUGUGAUGCUGAAACAUCAUGGAAGGACAUGACUUUCUGAAGGCUUUGCAACUUUCUCUCUGAGAACAAGGCAUGGCUUCAUUCUAACCAUACCAUGUUUGAGUAAAUGAAACGUGAAUAAGGAUAAUAAGGGUGUUGUACUCCUCGGACAAGUAGAAGUCACCUGGACAGAAUGGGCCUCGAACACAGGGAGACAUAUUACAAUUGUCGCAUAGCCUCUGUGAUCUAAAAACUGUUGAUGAAAAAUGCACUGACAACGUGACAUCUCUUGUCAAAACCAUCAGUGACAGUUUAAGUUCCAUUUCAAUACUGAAAGGUACUCAAAGCACAUAUGCUUUUUUUUCUGUAUGAAAUAUUUUUUGUGAGUACAAGGUAGUUCUCGACAGGUGCAACUAUAUUAGAGUUAGCUUAAAGACUACACAGAAAGCAUAAUGUACUCAUUUUACCUAUGUGAGUGUUAUCAAACAUGUUGACUGAGUGAGUGAGUGUCUCUGUGUCGAGAAUAGUGUUAGCUUUUUACUAACCUUUUGGUAAGAAUGCACUUGCACCUGAGCGAAUGUAGUGUUAUUGCAUUGUUUCUCUCUCUGUAUGUGUGUGUGUGUGUGUCUGUCUGUCUGUCAGUCUGUGUGCAUGCAUUUGUAUAUGUCUUUCUCUGUGUCUGUCUCUGUGUCUGCUGUAUGUACAGUAUAUAUUUACUUUAACUGCAUGACUCCAUGCACAUGUGUCAUAUGUGAUGGCUUUUGUUGUGUCUUUGUUUUUACGUUACCUUAGCUUAGCUAAGUCUUACUGAUAAGUACAACAACCAACAAACAAUCUCCUCCUUAUGAGAUUAUUUGGACCCUUUAUUUUAACAGCUUGGUUCAGAUGCAUAAAAAUACUUUUGCCUAAUGCCCAAUACUAAAUUGAUCCUGUAUUAAGUAGGCUACUUUACUUUGGCUGCUGUCCAGGCAAGUGUCCUGACAUUCAGGUUGAAUGAAAGCCCAUCAAGGAAUUAUAAUGAUCUGAGGGAAGGACUGGCACUUCAUGAGAGGGAGAAAAGACAACCUCUUUGUGGUUGUGAAAUGUAAUCAGUAUUAGUGGUGUUCCAAAAUCCACUGUGUUUUACUAAAUUUGUGGAAUAGUGACAAUGAUGCUACACUAAUAACUUCAAACUUUUAUCAAGCAAAUGUUUUUAUGUAAUGUAUUUCUGAACCAUUGCUGUACCCAUUUCAUACGUAUCAAUCAAUAACCAACAUUAGAAUUCUGGACUUGUUAGACUGCUCAGGAAAGCAUUAACAAUCCUCAUGCACCCAAAUUAUCAAUGGCAGCACCAUUGAAAUUCCAACCAUGAAAUGCUGCUAAUGAAUUAACUGUGUGUGUGUGUGUGUGUGUGUGUGUGUGUGUGUGUGUGUGUGUGUGUGUGUGUGUGUGUACUUUGUGUUUGUGCAUUUUCUUCUUUCUAUGAAAGAUGCUGUGUAGCUAUAGUUUUGAACUAAAAUGUGAAGUUUUCUACUAAUUCAAUUUUCAUAUAGCUAUAUGAUAUCCAAAUAGGCAUAACAUACAUGUAAUGACACUGUCACUAUCACUCAAAUCUAGUGUCACUAUUACACAAUGUUUGGGAAAUACAUGUUCUUCAGAUGUACUGGGUAAGCAUUUUGGAAGGCUUUUGAAAACUACUGAUUGCUUUGACAAAUCAGGAUUCUCAUUUGAUUAAGCAUCCUUCCAUAUGCUACUUUAAAUUAUUCUAAGAAAUAUCCCUUUUAAGUAUUAGCAUUAUACUGUUCUUUUAUGGCAAUUGAUCAAGAGAAAAUCUCUGUAAAAUUACUCAGUUAACUUUGUAUUACAAAUGAGAGGUGCACUAGAAACAAAGAAUCCUCUCAUGGUGUAUGUCAUUCAUAACAGGAACCUUAAACUUUCCAGACAUUGGUGUAUAUACAUCCAGCACUAAAUAAAAUGUAACAGUAUUGUCAACUGUGUGAGACUGUUGUGUAACCAUAGGUAUACUACAUGCCAUAUCCAUGGGCCUAAUGCAUGUCUGAAACAUUUAGAGCCCACAACAAUUAUCUAUUCAUUCGUUUGUCAGACCCAAUCCCACUACUACUAAUUGUAAGAUGUUGUUUUACAUCCUUAUUUACCGACUUUGAACAAACUACUGAACAGACAUUAACUCUUGACAUUAUGAAAUAUCAUAUCAGACCAUAUGUGCUCUAUGUUGUCUCCAUAUGCCUAGCCAUUGCUUGUGUUAUGUUUUAUGUGUUCUGAACAUCGAUUUGCAUUAUGUGCAUGGUCGUUAAAUCCAAAGUUUUGUAUGAAUUACUUGUGUGUUUCUAUGGAUUUUUAAAGUCUGAUUUUGUAUUAUUUAUUUUACCAGAAAUGUAUAUAUUAGGAAGAUUAUAUAUUUGCUGACAAAGAUCCUUUUCUGGACAGUGUUUUUCCUGUGUAGCACUGUAACAGUUUUACCUCAAUGCAGUUUUUGUUUGUGCAUAUUUUUGUUUAAUUUGUUUUCUUAACUGACAAUAAACAGACCACACUGUG